AUGGGAAAACGCGUGUUUCGGGUGAACACUUGCUGCAAACGCAGGCGUGCAUCAGUGCCGGCUAGUGAAGGUUUUGAAAUUGUGGACCUUGGCCUUGCUCAAAGGUUAACAGAAUUAUCUUAUCAGAUCGAAACAUGCUACCAGCCCUGCACAACUUCUUAUUUGGAUGCGAAAGGUCAUUGGAAUAUUUCUUGCUAUUCUGAAUUGGCGGAAGAUGUGCCAGACUUAAUGGUACUUGGUGCAGUCCAGCAUCCGCCGCUGCUCGCAUUGUUGUUGCCGCUCUUGGACGAACUUACGGUUCAUUUGACUCGGUGGUGGCAUUCGAUCCAUCCCGAUAAAAAUGGAUUUACGCUGCGCCGUGUCCAAUCUUUCGUGACGAAGUACUCAGCGACACAUGGCAAAAGUCACCUCACACGGCAUGUGGAUGGCCCCCAAGUGCAUGCAUCCAUGAUUUUGCAACUACACAGCCCGAAAGGUUUCGCUGGCGGGGGGAUCACAGUUUGGGAUAGCGAGCAGCAGGAACAUUUUUACCAACUUCGAGCAGGUGAGCUGUGCUUGCUGGAUCAUAUGGUGUGGCAUCAAUCCAAUCAGGUGACAAGUGGAGAGAGAUGGGUGUUGGUUGUAUUCUGCCAGCAAGUUGCCACAGCCAUUGCAAACUGCCAUUUGUCCAACGCACCAUGUCCAAUUUCUCAGAUGACAUGUCAGGACGCAAUUUCAAUUGCGACUCUGGCUGCGGACCAGCAUUUUCAGGUUGAAAAGUCAGUUGUUUUUGGUUUGAUGAAAAUGCUUGAGUUUGGGGGACCCGAAGAGAGAGAAAGGGCAGCAUUUGCGCUGGGUUGUGUGGCAGCAAACUGUUCAGAGAAUCGCGAGCUCAUGAUGGAGUGUGGCGCCGCCCAACUUAUGAUUGACCUUUUGCAUAGGAUGUUGGCAGUGGGUUCCAUGAAACCCGCUACACAUGAAUGUGCUUGGAUUGUGGCGGCGCUUGGCCGACUGGCUUCCAAGAGUACCAGCAACAAGAGCAUCAUUGCGAGAGAAGGGGUCAUAAACCUAGUGGCAGAGCUCGUGCGGUCUGGCAAUGCUCUGGAGAGGGAAGAGGCAAUCUCAACCCUGUGCAAUCUGUCAGCAAAUCACGAAUCCAACAAGGAUGCCAUCGUUGCUACUGGAGUUGUGGAAUCGCUACUCAAAGUUUUGAAGGGUGAGGCGUUGGGGUGCAUCAAAGAAAGGCUCUGGUGCAUGGCUGCUUUGUCCAACCUUGCUUCUGGCAGUGUGCGACGCCAAACUGUGAUUUUGGUGGCUGGUGGGAUCAAAGAUUUGGCCAAAGUGCUAUCAUCUGGCACCAGCAAGGAGCGAUGCCGGGCGGCGGCUGCAUUGGCAUCCUUUACAGAGCAUCGACAGACUAUCCUAGAUGCUGGUGUCAUGGACAGCUUGUGCUCAAUGCUGCAGGCGGAUGGCCCAGAAGAGAAGGAGGAGGCGAUGUUUCUGAUGGAGGACUUUGAACCAGCGCGCAAUUUAGGGUUGUGUUGGGCCAAAAAAACAAAGUGUUUAACAGACCAGGGCGCAGUGUUCCCACGAGGGAAUCUCUUUUGA